AUGCACCUGAGACUUCUGAGUUUGGUGCUACUGUUUUCCAUCCAAGAAAGUGUACUUUGUGAGAAUGUGUUCGACUUCUUCAAGGGCUUCGUCGCCUACAAAGGUUGUUUUUACAAGAAAGAUCCAGGGUUGUGUCUCAAGGAAAAAGCUUUGUUUGCUCUGAAUGAAACCAUGAUGGACGAUAGGCCGAUCACCAUUGGGUUCCUGGAGAUCCAGAAGAAUCAGUACUACUUCUUGAACAGGACGGAUAAUAGUAGCCUUCCUGAAGAAGCGACUGAAAGAAGACGCAAAGGCGGAGGAGGCGGUGGCAAGAAAGGCGGCAACAUGGCCAUGAUGGCGGCAGCAGGAAUGUGCGCCAUGAUGGCCCAGAUGGUCAUGGGCAAGAUGAUGAUAAUGGCCGGUUCUGCCCUGAUGAUAGCCAAGGUCUCCCUGAUGCUCUCCAUGAUCAUGCUGGUCAAGAAGAUGCAAGGAGGAAACGGAGGGGGAGAGGAGAAGCACAUAGUGUAUGCCGAUUCUGGGCACAGUCACGGUGGUGGAGGUGGAGGUUAUGGUGGAGGUGGAUGGCACCGUAGUUUGGAGGACCCCCACAACGUGGUCUACAAGGGGCAAUGGACCGCGUCUACGGAUAACGAAUCAGGUUUAUGA